AUGCUAGGCGCCGACAAAACCUAUUACUCCGAUUACGCCGAAGUCGAUAGUGACUCGGUAUUUCAGACCAUAUCAAAAUGCGUUGGCCUACGAACCAUUGAGAUUGGUCACCGAGUCCUGCCCUGCAGUGCCGACGUCUUUGGGCAGCUACACCGGCUACCACGACUGCUGUCGUUUAGUCUGGCUGUGGUGUUAUCAUACGAGGUGAAGGCGAUUGAAGGAACAACAUUCGAAUUGAUCCCCCAUAUGUCAGGCCAUAGGAGACUGCCGAAAAAGGCAGUAUUAUGGCUCAAGACGGGCAAGGAGAUCAAUCCCAUAGCGAUCAGCAGCGAUGAAGACCUCAAGGAGUGCGAGCGUAAUUUCACCACCAACUUCCUCGUGCAUCUGCGAAACGAAAUCAAGAGCAACCCGAGGCGUUUGAUAAUGGAGUCUAGUGCUGAGAAGAAGCAAGAGAGUUAUAACCGUGCAGCCCGCCGGCAGCGGCGCCAGCACGCCGAAAUGAUCCUAAUGUCGCCGUGGACUACGUUCAUAUCGUCACCUACAACGCCGGCAGGGAUGGCUGCCAUAUCCCGCUUCUUCUUUCAAGAUGAGCCUUCCGCGCAAGUACUCACGCUACGCGACAGGUCUGAAUGUGCGAUUGAUCUUCUUGGCUUGCCAUCGUCGGGUGCGACGCGAGCUCGGCACGCUCGCGACCGCAUGAAGGAGGCAAAGGCACUUCACGCCAUGGGAAAACUGACUGUUGGGGAGAAGCGUGUCCGACAGCAGAUCGAGAACCGACGCGAGGGAAAAGAAAUAGCUGAGCUGGCGGCAAUAGAGGCUGCCGAACGGGAGGGCCAAGCUCAGCGUUUGAAGAAUAGAGAGGAGCAGAAACGAGCCAUCAAAGAGGCACUGCGCAUCAAGCAACAAGUGAGGGCUGACGCAAAGGCAGAGGCGCAUGAUUUGCGGCUGGCGGAGAGAAAGCGGUUACAGCCGUCCUUUCCGAUGACGGCAGUGCAGACAGAGGAGGAGGGUGACCAAAAUGAAUUUCUAUCAGCACCAUGGCCAAAGACGCGAGAGAUACACACACGGUCGCUCAAGAAGCAGCCAGCCAAACACUUGCGGAAGGUUUAUGCGCGAUAG